ACUUGUAAAAUUAUUUGGAUAAAUCUAAUGAUGAUUGAGCAUUUAAUUUUUAUUCUCAUGCUAAAUACUCCUCUUUGUUUUGGAGACGAUCAAACAGAUAAACCAAACGUCACAGUGUCCUCAGGUCUCACAAUCAUACCAGCAGGAGGCAAUGUGACACUGACCUGCUCGUUGAAAAGCACUUCUGGAUGGAAAUAUAAAUGGUUCAGACAAAUUCGAGGCAAAGAUGAAGUUCAAGUCAACACCAGUACUGAAGAAAGCAAAAAUAUCACUGUAUCUCAAGGAGGAAUUUACCGAUGUGUAGGAGUGAGAGGAAAACCAGAGGUGUACACUCCACGAAGUGAUGAGGUCAUAAUUGAGAUUACCUUUUCCAACAAGGCUGUUGUGAAUCUGCAACCAAAUUGGCCCCAGAUCUUCAGCGGUGAGACGAUCACUCUAACAUGUGAGGUCCAGGAAGGAGAAACCACUGAGUGGACGUGUGAAUGGAGGAUGCCUGGGUCAGCUUCGUACCCAGCAAAACAAUUGACCCUUAAUGUUUCUGAGUCCCACAGUGAUGAAUACGAGUGCAGGUGUAGAAGUGUAAAUGACUGGUAUUCUUCCACAGAGUGGAGUGAAGCCAUCAAACUGACAGCACUGGGGAAACCGAAGGCCAGGCUGAGGGCAGAGAGCACAUAUCUACAAGUGGGCAGCAGAGUGACCCUAACCUGUUCAUUGAACCAAUCAUAUCCAUUAUCUUCUGGUGGACUAUAA